UCCAGACCGGACCUUCUGCAUCUCUGUGGUUAAGAGAGAAAGAAGCCGGGCGCGCUGCGGCUGCGUCACAUCCGGUAGAGGAGCGCGGGGAGGGCUGUCUCGUCCCGCGUCGCCCGGUGCAACAUGCCGAAGUUUUAUUGUGAUUACUGUGAUACUUACCUCACCCAUGACUCUCCAUCUGUAAGAAAAACCCAUUGCAGCGGUAGAAAACAUAAAGAGAAUGUGAAAGAUUACUAUCAAAAAUGGAUGGAAGAACAAGCACAGAGCCUGAUAGAUAAAACAACUGCUGCAUUUCAACAAGGAAAAAUCCCACCCACUCCAUUCUCUGCUCCACCUCCAGGAGGUGCUAUGAUACCACCGCCACCUAAUAUCCCUGGUCCUCCACGGCCUGGUAUGAUGCCAGCACCCCAUAUGGGUGGACCUCCAAUGAUGCCAAUGAUGGGCCCACCUCCACCAGGAAUGAUGCCCGUUGGACCUGCACCAGGAAUGAGACCACCCAUGGGAGGACAUAUGCCAAUGAUGCCAGGACCCCCAAUGAUGAGGCCUCCUGCCAGACCCAUGAUGGUGCCAACCAGACCAGGAAUGGCUCGUCCAGACAGAUAAAGUAGAAGUUGAUUUUAUCUAUGCCUUUCUCUGACAGACAGCCAUGGGAAUUACAUUGGUAAAAACAUGUCACAAACUUAAAUUAGGGGGGUGGGGAAAAGUGGCAUAUUGGGCUAAUGCUUUAUAGGAUUUCUCAAUUACAUUUUUUGUGUUUUGUUAAAAUAAAAUACUGUCCUUGUUA